ACUGGACAAGGAGAGAACGUUCUCUGAGAACCUUCAGCUCAGUCUGUGACUGGUCAAGGAGAACUCGUCUUGUACCAGGAGUCCAGAAAGGCUUUCAUAUCUCCUACAGUUUCACCAGUUUCACAGCUACUCCUAUAGAAGGAUGAUCACUGAGCAGACAGCCAACAGUACCCUGUUACUGGGCAAUGGAAGUAAGCCAGAGCCAAGUAUGCUACCAGAGGCUUCUCUACCCCAUAACGACCCCGACCGUGAGAUGGCAACUUAUAUCAUCCGCUGCGUUAUCCCUUCAUUGUAUUUGAUAAUCAUCGUUGUGGGGUUAGUGGGUAACAUCACGCUUGUUAAGAUCUUUAUCACCAACAGUGCUAUGAGAAGUGUCCCAAAUAUCUUCAUUUCCAGCCUGGCAGCCGGAGACCUGUUGCUGCUGGUGACCUGUGUGCCAGUGGACGCUUUCCGCUUCGUCUUUGACGAGUGGAUGCUCGGGGAAGUUUGCUGCAAGCUCAUCCCGGCUAUCCAACUCACCUCAGUUGGGGUGUCUGUCUUCACACUCACUGCACUUAGCGCUGACAGAUACAAAGCCAUUGUAAAUCCAAUGGAUAUCCAAACAACAAGUGCUGUUUUGUGGACUUGUAUAAAAGCAACUGCUAUCUGGAUCAUUUCAAUGCUUUUGGCAGUCCCAGAAGCUGUAUUUUCUGAAGUGGCAUACAUCAAUGGAACUGUCAACUCCAGCUUCACAGCUUGUAUCCCAUAUCCUCAAAAUGAUGAGAUGCAUCCAAAAAUCCAUUCUGUGCUUAUUUUUUUUGUCUACUUCCUUGUUCCACUUACCAUAAUAAGUGUUUACUAUUACCAUAUAGCAAGAACUCUUAUUAAAAGUGCACUCAACAUUCCGGGGGAAUACAGUGAACAUUCCAGACGUCAGAUGGAGACCCGAAAGCGACUGGCUAAAAUUGUACUUGUCUUUGUUGGCUGUUUUGCACUCUGCUGGUUUCCUAAUCAUGUAUUGUAUAUGUAUCGCUCUUUUAACUAUAGUGAAAUCGAUCCAUCAUUGGGGCACAUGAUCCUCACAUUGGUGUCUCGUGUAUUAAGUUUUUCUAACUCUUGUGUCAACCCUUUUGCACUUUACCUUCUCAGUGAGAGUUUCAGAAGACACUUCAAUAGCCAACUCUGUUGUCGGAGGAAAGCUCAUCAUGAGAGGUCUACUAGCUAUCUGCUUAACUCAUCUGCAGUACGAAUGACAUCUCUGAAAAGUAAUGUUAGAAAUACUGUAACCAGUAGCUCUUUACUUAAUGGACACAGUCGUCAGGAAGUAUCAUUAUGAUCUCUAAAGAAAG